AUGCAUCUUCAUCGCACUGCAACGCUCCUCUGGGUUCUUACUGCCCUGACGCCGGGUGCAUUCGCGUCGCCCAAGAAGCCAUGUCCAAUUGACAAGCGAUCGGCCCAGGAAGUUGUGCAGAAGCUCGGCCUUAUCCCGAAUGAAGAGAAGGGCUACUAUAUCCAGACCUUUCAGGAUCCUGAUACGGACAGCAGCAACCGCUCAGUCAGCACGGCUAUUUACUACCUUCUGGAAGGGUCAGUUGGACCUUCAAUCUGGCACCGGGUUGAUGCGGCAGAAGCCUGGCACCAUUACGCAGGAGCUCCUCUCACUUUGUUCCUGUCAUACGAUGAUGGAAACCCGGUGAAAGAGAUAGUAAUCGGUCCUGACGUAUUCGACAAUCAACAGCCCCAGUACGUCAUUGCAAAGAAUCAAUGGCAAAGGGCAACGAGUCAUGGAAGCUGGACUCUUGUGGGAACAACUGGUAAACUCUCCUCCCGCGUAUGA